AUGAGCGCUCGUGAUGGCGGAGGGGGAGGAGGAGGGGGAGGCACCCUGGGGCGACGGCAGCGCUUCGAGAACUCAGAGUUCACCGUGCGCAUCUACCCCGGGGCGCUGGCCGAAGGAACCAUCUACUGCCCCAUCAGCGCGCGCAAGACCACUACCGCCGCGGAGGCCAUCGAGAGGGUCAUCGACAGGCUGCAGCUGGACCGCACCAAGUGUUAUGUCCUGGCCGAGGUGAAGGAGUUCGGGGGGGAGGAGUGGAUCCUGAACCCCUGUGACUGUCCCGUUCAGAGGAUGAUGCUGUGGCCCCGCGUGGCUCUGGAGCAGCGGCCCCUGUCCGGAGGAGAGGACUACCGCUUCCUGCUGCGCCUCAAGAACCUGGACGGCUCCAUCCACUACGGCGGUAGUCUGGCCAUGUGGCUGCAGGUGACGGAGGAGCGGCGCCGCAUGGUGGAGCGCGGCCUGCUGCCUCAGCCACACGCUCAGGGAGACUACGCCGACCUGUGCUGCCUGCCGGAGCUGAACGAGCGCUCGCUGCUGGACAACCUGCGCUCUCGCUUCCGCCAGGAGCAGAUCUACACGUACGUGGGCAGCAUCCUCAUCGUCAUCAACCCCUUCAAGUUCCUCCCCAUCUACAACCCCAAAUACGUCAAGAUGUACGACAACCACACGCUGGGCGAGCUGGAGCCGCACAUCUACGCCGUGGCGGAUGUAGCUUAUCACGCCAUGUUACAGCGCCAGAGCAACCAGUGCAUCGUCAUCUCUGGCGAGAGCGGCUCCGGAAAGACCCAGAGCACCAACUUCCUCAUCCACCACCUGACCGCGCUCAGUCAGAAAGGCUAUGCCAGCGGAGUGGAGCAGAUCAUCCUAGGAGCGGGGCCGGUGCUGGAGGCUUUUGGAAACGCCAAGACGGCACACAAUAACAACUCCAGUCGCUUUGGAAAGUUCAUCCAAGUCAACUACCAAGAGAGCGGCACCGUGAGAGGAGCUUAUGUGGAGAAGUAUCUCCUGGAGAAGUCCAGACUGGUGUACCAGGAGCAUAACGAGCGGAACUACCAUGUGUUUUACUACCUGCUGGCCGGGACCAGUGAAGACGAGCGCAGUGCAUUUCACCUCAUGAAGCCCGAAGAGUACCAUUACCUGAGCCAGAUGACAAAGAAACCACACCGAUCGCACUGGGACAGCUACGGUGACUCAGAACCGGACUGCUUCACGGUGGAGGGCGAGGACCUGAAGCAUGACUUUGAGCGUCUGCAGCUGGCCAUGGAGAUGGUGGGCUUCCUCCCCACCACACGCAAACAGAUUUUCUCCCUGCUGUCGGCCAUCCUCCAUCUGGGAAACAUCCGCUACAAGAGGAAAACCUACAGAGACGACUCCAUAGACAUCUACAACCCUGAGGUGCUGCCCAUCGUGUCGGAGCUGCUCGAGGUGAAGGAGGAGAUGCUGUUUGAAGCCUUGACCACCAGAAAGACGGUCACAGUGGGAGAGAAGCUGAUCGUUCCUUACAAACUCUCUGAGGCUGGCACUGUGCGGGACUCCAUGGCAAAGUCUCUGUACUCCGCUCUGUUUGACUGGAUCGUCUUCAGGAUCAACCACGCUCUGCUCAACAUCAAAGACCUGGAGGAGACCACCAAGAUCCUGUCCAUCGGAGUGUUGGACAUCUUUGGUUUCGAGGACUACGAGAACAACAGCUUCGAACAGUUCUGCAUCAACUUCGCCAACGAGCGCCUGCAGCAUUACUUCAAUCAGCACAUCUUCAAACUGGAGCAGGAAGAGUACCGGGCAGAGGGCAUCAGUUGGAGCAACAUCGACUACAUCGACAACACAGGCUGCAUCAGUCUGAUCAGCAGGAAGCCCACCGCCUUGUUCCACCUGCUGGACGAGGAGUGCAAGUGA